AUGGCGUCUUCCAGUGUGAAGCUUACACUCUGCUGGGGUCACAGCCUGACCACUAAACAAUUCAGCAUGUUAAAUACUACAGUGGAAAGCUCCAAACGAGAAUGGAAGCCCCUGGAAGACCGUAGCUGCACAGACAUACCAUGGCUACUGCUCUUUGUCCUCUUCUGCAUUGGAAUGGGAUUUAUUUGUGGCUUUUCAGUAGCAACAGGUGCAGCAGCAAGACUAGUGUCAGGAUACGACAGCUAUGGAAAUAUCUGUGGGCAGAAAAAUGCAAAGUUGGAAGCAAUACCAAACAGUGGCAUGGACCACACCCACCAGAAGUAUGUAUUCUUUUUGGAUCCAUGCAAACUGGACUUGAUAAAUCGGAAGAUCAAGUCUGUAGCACUAUGUGUAGCAGCAUGUCCAAGACAAGAAUUGAAAACCUUGAGUGAUGUCCAGAAGUUUGCAGAGAUGAAUGGCUCAGCACUAUGUAGCUACAACCUAAAGCCUUCUGAAUAUACUGUAUCUCUUAAAUCUUCUGAUCUGUGCCCCAAACUACCAGUUCCAGCGAGUGCACCUAUUCCAUUCUUCCAUCGCUGUGCUCCUGUGAACAUUUCCUGCUAUGCCAAGUUUGCAGAGGCCCUGAUCACCUUUGUCAGUGACAAUAGUGUCUUACACAGGCUGAUUAGUGGAGUAAUGACCAGCAAAGAAAUUAUAUUGGGACUUUGCUUGUUAUCACUAGUUCUAUCCAUGAUUUUGAUGGUGAUAAUCAGGUAUAUAUCAAGAAUACUUGUGUGGAUCUUAACAAUUCUGGUCAUAUUGGGUUCACUUGGUGGCACGGGUGUACUAUGGUGGCUGUAUGCAAAGCAAAGAAGGUCACCAAAAGAAAAAGUUCUUCCUGAACAGCUUCAGAUAGCUGAAGACAGUCUCCGGGCUCUCCUCAUCUAUGCCAUUUCAGCUACCGUGUUCACAGUUAUCUUGUUCCUGAUAAUGCUGGUUAUGCGCAAACGUGUUGCUCUCACAAUAGCCCUGUUCCAUGUGGCCGGCAAGGUCUUCAUUCACCUGCCACUGUUAGUCUUCCAACCAUUUUGGACCUUCUUUGCUCUUGUCUUGUUUUGGGCCUACUGGAUCAUGACACUUCUUUUUCUUGGCACUACCGGCAGUGCUGUUAAGAAUGAUGAAGGCUUUGUGGAGUUUAGAAUUUCUGGUCCUUUACAGUAUAUGUGGUUGUACCAUGUGGUUGGCCUAAUUUGGAUCAGUGAAUUUAUUCUAGCAUGUCAGCAGAUGACUGUGGCCGGAGCUGUAGUAACAUACUACUUCACUAGGGAUAAAAGGAAUUUGCCAUUUACACCCAUUUUGGCAUCAGUGAAUCGCCUUAUUCGUUAUCACCUUGGUACUGUGGCAAAAGGAUCUUUUAUUAUCACGUUAGUAAAAAUUCCACGAAUGAUCCUUAUGUACAUUCACAGUCAGCUCAAAGGAAAGGAAAAUGCUUGUGCACGAUGUGUGCUGAAAUCAUGUAUUUGUUGCCUUUGGUGUCUUGAAAAGUGCCUCAAUUACUUAAAUCAGAAUGCAUACACAGCCACAGCUAUCAACAGCACCAACUUCUGCACCUCAGCAAAGGAUGCCUUUGUCAUUCUGGUGGAGAAUGCUUUGCGAGUGGCUGCCAUAAACACAGUGGGAGACUUCAUGUUAUUCCUAGGCAAGGUGCUGAUAGUCUGCAGCACAGGUUUGGCUGGGAUUAUGCUGCUCAACUACCAGCAGGAUUACACAGUAUGGGUGCUGCCUCUGAUCAUCGUCUGCCUCUUUGCUUUCCUAGUCGCUCAUUGCUUCCUGUCCAUUUACGAAAUGGUAGUGGAUGUAUUAUUCUUAUGUUUUGCCAUUGAUACAAAGUACAAUGAUGGGAGCCCUGGCAGAGAGUUCUAUAUGGAUAAAGUGCUAAUGGAAUUUGUGGAAAACAGUAGGAAAGCAAUGAAAGAAGCUGGUAAGGGAGGCGUUGCUGAUGCCAGAGAACUAAAGCCGAUGGCUUCGGGAGCAAGUUCUGCUUGAACCUAGCCGACGGUUAUGGAACCCAUUGACAUUCCAAAACAAUAUAUACACAUAACUAUGUAUUUGUGUGUGUGGGUGUGUGUAUAUAUGUAUAUGUAUGUGUGUGUAUAUAUAUAUAUAUAUAUGUAUAUAUAUAUGUAUAUGUAUACACACACACACACAUAAUCAGCCAAAAUCAAAAAAGGAACAGGGAUUUAAUACCUUUUUUAUGCUUAUUUUUGUCAAACAUGUACUCCUUUCAUACGGGUGGCUUUUACAAGGCAACUUCUGUCAUUUAAUGUUUUCAAUUGUAAUUGUCUUAGUGGAAAUGUUAGAUUCAUAUCUGAUUAACAUUUUUAAUAACUUAGAGGAGAUUUUAACUUUAGUUACUUAAAUUAGAUAAAAUUGUUGUACCAAAUUCUUGUCUAAAAUUUAUUCAGGGAUAAUUCCCCUGAUGUGUGUAUAAAAUCAUGAUCUUAUUUUACUGAUGCCUAAGUCCUAGCACAUCAAAACUAGGCAUGUGCUUU